GUCUUCCGUGUUUCCCUACUAUGUCCUAAUUGCACUUCGCUCUAGUACCUUUGUGCACGUUUCGAUGCCCUCCCUCUGCUUUUAAAUCUUCAUUAGCGAUAAACAAGCGGGUUUUAGAAUUUUUUUGCUCGUUUUGUGCCCCCCCUCGCAGCGUCUUCACUAACAAACACUAUCUGGUAGGAGUCGACUGCUUCAUCCAUGCAUUGGAGUCCCGGGCCCCAGCGUACCGGCUCCGGCUCCAGCCAUGUCGGCCAGGAAUGCAACGGCUACCGGCGGUGACAGAGCGGUAGGCGAACCGGCAGAUGAUGUGCUGGUUGAGGAAGAACAAAGUACUUCUGUGUCUCUGCCCAGCCUGAUGACCCCACCCUCAGCUGCUGGUAUGUCCCUGAGCAUGGAGUUAACCCGAAAGCGCAAGGGCAGCGUGGACAACCAGGAUUCAAAAUGUGUUUCAGUCCCUGAUGUAGAUAUGGAAGAUGACCAAAACAGGUCAGAUGGAGAGGACCAACAUGUCAAAGUUAAAUGCUUCAGGGAGCCACAUAGCCAAAUUGAGAAGAGGAGACGGGACAAAAUGAACAAUCUGAUUGACAAGCUCUCAGCCAUGAUCCCCACCUGUAACCCCAUGUCUCGUAAGCUGGACAAACUCACUGUGCUUCGAAUGGCAGUACAGCACCUCAAGUCUCUCAAAGGUUCAGCAAGUUCUUUUUCUGAAGCCAACUAUAAACCAUCAUUCCUUCCUGAUGAGGAGCUCAAACACCUUGUUCUCAAGGCUGCAGAUGGGUUCCUGUUUGUAGUGGGCUGUGAUCGUGGGAAAAUAGUUUUUGUCUCAGAGUCUGUCACGAAGAUAUUAAAUUAUAGCCGGGCGGAGCUGAUUGGGCAGAGCCUGUUUGAUUACAUACACCCAAAGGACAUGGGAAAAGUGAAGGAGCAGCUGUCCGCUUCUGAAUUAUAUCCUCGUGAACGGCUAAUAGAUGCUAAAACCGGUCUGCAGGUUCAGGCUGACCUUCCAAUCGGUGCAGCACGGUUGUGUUCGGGUGCUCGUCGUUCAUUCUUCUGUCGCAUGAAGUAUAACAAAAUUUCUAUCAAAGUGGAAGAGAAGGAAUCCCAGGGAAAUGUCUCCAAAAAGAAAGAGUCGCAGAAGUACUGCACAGUCCACUGUACAGGCUACAUGCGCAGCUGGCCGACCAGUCAGCUGGGAGCAGAAGGGGAGGGUGAAGUGGACAAGCAGGAAAGCUCCCACUUCAGCUGUCUAGUGGCGGUGGGACGCGUCCACAACCACUCAUCUCCCCAGGUUAAUGGAGAAGUCCGAGUUAAACCCACAGAGUUCAUCACGCGCUAUGCCAUGGAUGGCAAGUUCACCUUUGUUGAUCAAAGAGCGACGACCAUUCUAGGUUAUCUUCCCCAAGAAUUGCUCGGGACAUCGUGCUACGAAUACUUCCAUCAAGAUGACUUACCCCAUUUAGCAGACAGACAUCGAAAAGUGCUGCGGAGUAAAGAAAAAAUAGAGACGAACUGCUACAAAUUCAAAACAAAAUACGGCUCUUUUGUCACUCUGCAAAGUCAGUGGUUUAGUUUUGUAAAUCCAUGGACCAAAGAACUAGAAUAUAUAGUAUCAACUAACACAGUCAUCUCAUAUGAUCCCAGUCGAGCAGGUCGGUCAGGAAAUAAAUCUGAACAGUCGAGCAAUCCCAAGGCUUCUGAAGACUGUAAAAAGUCCCCUCCUAUUAUACCUGGCAUUUCUAGCACACCUGGGACUAUGAUAUAUGCCGGAAGCAUAGGAACCCAGAUUGCCAAUGAGCUGCUGGAUUUCAACCGGACGAACUCAUCACCUUCCAGUGGUAACGUCAGUCCCUUCAGUCUGCCGCAGGACAAGUCCCCACAAAUUCACAAUCAAAUCAGCAACAGCGUCCCAAAUGGAGAAACAUCAGACAUGGAAAUACCAGGAAAGUCCAGCUCGGAGAGUGAGCCUCAAGGAGCUGCAUUCUCAGGAGGAGAGACGCUUAUGGGAGAAAAUUCCCAGUUGGAUUUGGAGAGCGUGGUUGGACCAGGCCUGAAUAGCCUCAGCAGUGAUGAAGCAGCUAUGGCAGUGAUCUGGAGCCUUUUGGAGACGGACACAAACUUGGGAGAAGCUGUGGACUUUGAAGAGAUGCACUGGUCCUUAUAGAAUCUGCAUUACAGUGUGACACACAGCACGCUGGAAAACACCCGGAUCCUCAUUUUGAUGAUGGCAGAAACUGCUUGAAGCUUACUCAAAGGAGCAGCAUUCUGUUUUUGUUUUAUUUUUUUUGUUUUGUUUUGUUAAAAUUUAAUAUAUUAGUUACUCUUCUCCACAUAAGCUGUCUAGUAUUUGGGUGGCUGCUCAAACAGGAGCAGAAUCGGCGACAUUAAGGGACACCUGCUUUCCCUCUUCAGAAAGAGGAUGUGCCUCUUAAACGUUGCAGCUGCCCGCCCACUCACCUUGAAACGCUGUUCCUCUCCUCCCUGCUUUCUUAAAUCUGCCGUCAGCCUCAGAAAGGUUGAAGAAGCCGUGAACGCACAGAAGAGUGAUAUGAUGUACAUCAUGAUGGCUCUGGAUCCUUGCUUCUAUUUCUCUCCACCUACAUUUAAACAAAGGUUGGGAGUGGUGACGCAAAAAACAAUUGCACUGAAUUGAUUUCUUUUUUUUUUAAAGUUGUAAUUUCAUUAGGUACUGUAUGCUUGACUAAAAUGCAAGGAGGACACCCUAAAAAACUGGCCAAGCUUUGCAACCCUUCCCUCAGGAUCCAAAACCGUGGGUUUAAAGCUUACCGCGGCAGACCACACUUCCAUAACCUCUACUCUCUUUGAGAGUCACCUAAAGACGUGGCGCUCUGAGAUUUUCUCUUGUCAGUAUCUGAACAUUUUUCUCACAAACGGUGUAGUAACCUCUUCUCUUGUAUGCUGACAUAUGUCGCUGUAUAUAUGUGGGGUCGAUAUGAUUGCAAACACCAUGUCUUCAGGCCACAUGUGUCUUAAAGGGAUAGGUUGCAUAAAAAGCCUCAUAAUUUACUAGUUCCAGCUUCAAAAAAAUUUUAGUUGAUGAGCUGCCAGUUUUGAUGGCUGGUCAUUUAUGAGCACUACAGUACGACUUCAUGCAAAUCAGAACGGCACUUUAGAGGUGCUGAUAUUGAGGGUUGGUAGCGAUGGCUGAAGAGCGAACCCAUUUCACAUCUGUGACACUUUCUCAGUACGUGUUUGAGACUGAUGUGAGUCAGGGAGUUAUCCACUUUUAAGAUUUUACACACUUCCCUGCAUACUGUACAAGUAGUAUGUGGUGUCAUGAAUCAGUACUUGUUCACCUCUGAAUCUUUGUUCUUAUUGUUGUCUCUAUAGUUGUGCAGGUAAGCCAUACCUUCAACCGUUUCUUCUUUUUAUGCACUGACAGUCUGAGAACAUGUUUAUGUGCUUGUUAUGUGGCAGACAGGGUUGAAAUGGAUAUGUUUGUUAAGGGAUUGUGCUAUGCAGAAGUGUCAUUCCAAACUUUUUUCCCCCUCCCCUUUAUUUCCUCUUGUGUAAUAGCCACGUGCAUGACUCCUGAGUGUAGAACAUUUGCAGAGCUGUGGUGUGACAUUUGUGAGAACUCGAAUGGUCCACGGAGCAGUAUGGAUCCCAUUGCCAUUUACCUCAUGUAGAGUUUAGGAUUGGCCAUGCUUUCAGUUGCACAUUCUAGCUUUUUACUAAAGUAAUGAAACCUCUGAUAGCCAUGAUUUGAUGAUCUAUUUGUCCAUCCACUGCUGAGCGUGGCCAUGAGUGGCUCUUAGUUAUGGAGUUACCAAAGUGUUGUCGUAUGCUAAAUUAAAGGGUGUCGGCUUGAGAUCCUGGUGAGACCAGAUAAUGUAGAAAUUUACUUAUAGGUCCAUUAUAACAAAGUUAUUGCAUUUGGCUGUUUUUUUUUUGUUGUUGUUGUUUUUGUUUUGUUUUUUGUUUUUAUAAGAAAUUUAACAACUUGAGUAUAUACAUCCCCUGUUAUAAGUUACUUAAAAAUAAAUCCUCUAUGUCUAAACAUUUAGUGAUUACACAUUCUUUUAACUGAAAUCUUUAACUUUAAGGAGAUUUUUUUUUUUAAAUUAAAACAUGAACUACUGAAAUCCAGCAAAAUCAUUUGGUUUGUGGCACAUGGAUUUUUAUACCCUGUGUUUGUGUGUGUGUGAGAUAUACAAGUUGUCCACAUAUACUAGUGUUCACUGAGUUUUUGGGGUCAAAAAGGCUGCAUGUCUAUGUGUUAUCUUCACAUAAUCGUUAUAAUGAAACGGUGCAGUCUUAAAAAAAGUUCCUGUUUGCUUCUUGGGAAUACUUUUUUUUCCCCCUCAUUUCUUGAAGGCCACGUCAAGAUUUUUCAACAAGAACUCUUAUUUCGAGGCUGGAAAAGCUUGUUGUGGAUCAUGCAGAAAAUUGUCUGUUAUAUCUAAUGCUUGAAUUUUUAAGGAGCCAGUUGAUGGAGCAGCUGAACUCUCAAGAGGACCCCUCCUUACUUGUGUCCGGUCUGAAGUGCCUUUGGACACAAAAUGAACCUCCACUGCUUUUUGGAAACAGUCUCCGACGUGGCGCCUCUGCAGACUUUAAAAGGAGGGCUGAAACGUAUCACUGAAUAAACUUGAUGAAACGGGGAAUGCUGUGCACAUCAGAGAUGAAACUGGAGCUGCACGUAGUUGCAUCAGUGCUCUCUUUGUAACUGAACAUGUAGAGCUAUGAAGCUGUGCCAUAGAUGCAGACUGGUCCUUUUGAAAGGCAAAAAGUCAGUAUUUUUUUCAUCCUGUGUAUUGUGUUCAGUCAUUGCAUUCUUGUGACUGCCACUUUCCCAGAAAACUAAGGAAUCGGCUCACAUCAGCUUAUGUGGUUUAUUAGUGAUGAACCUUUUUAAAGAGGUGUAUGUUUUGCUUCUGUCUGUUCAGAAUAAAGUAGUUUUUGUAAGGUAGGGAAUGUUUUAUUUCAUGUCCGUGUCUGUGUGUAGCUGCAUGUUGCUUUGGUUUUACUGAUUUAAUUUUUAAAAACAAUUGCAUUAUUUGAAACGGAAAGUCGAGACUUGAGUGCCAGUUGCUCCACCAGAGGCAGGACCUGAACUCUUGGGGUUAUAUUUUCCAGGCUAUUUGCCAGUUUGCUACUGCCGCUGUCCACACUGGUUUCUGCCACAAGUUUAGUCAUGUUCGAUAUUUGGGCUCCAGACGAUGUUGUCUGGUGGAUUAUUGCUGCUAUUAUCAACAUGUCUGGGCCGUCUUCCCAGGUUGUGAAUAAAUAUUAGUUUACUGAAACUUCA